AUGGCAAGUUCUCGCCACAAGGGCCGCCGUUGUGUAGUAGCUGGGUGUAGUAACACUGCGGGUGAUGGCGUUUCAGUGCACACAUUCCCAUCUGAUAGUCGAACUAGGAAUGCAUGGAAAAGGUUUGUGAAGCUGACCAGAGCAGACUGGGAAGAGCCUUCGAGGCACAGUGCCAUUUGUAGUGCCCAUUUCACACCUUCAUGUUUCGACGCGCAGUAUGACUUGAAGGCGAGCUUAGGAUUUAGAACAAAGAGACGUCUCAACCCCGGUUCUGUGCCGUCCAUAUAUCCUAAGAGGGAUCAUGAUCACCUAAACGAAGUUUUUUUUUUAUCUUCUCCAGAGAAGAAGCCAAGGGAGGCUUAUGCAAAAAGAGAAAGCUUCAGGGUUUUGUCAGAACUGAUCACAGCUGAAACUGUCCAAAGUGUGACUGCUUCAACAGAUGUUGCUGAGCCAGAUUUCCAUACAUUUUCAUCAGUUGCUGAUAAUGUGGCUCAAACUGAUAAGGCUGAAUGUCUCUUGCCUCAGCAGGACCGGUAG